GACUAUCAUCAUGAAGGCUACCAUUUGCGUUUUGGCUACGGCCGUCGCCCUGGCUACCGCCACCCCCGGCUGGAACCUCGUGGCCGAGAACCUUCUCACCACCGAGCUCGGCAUUGGUUUCCACAGCGAAACUGAGGGCUUCAUUGCUGGUGACGCCAACGGCGAGGGUCCCGCCAUCCUCAAGAGCACUGACGGUGGCAAGACUUGGAACGCCAGCCAGGCUGACUUUGGUGCCGAUGCCCUCCUCCUUGCCCUCGGUGUUGCUGAUGACACCGUGAUUGUCACUUCCAUCUUUGGCGAGCUCUACUCCAACGACGAUGGCGAUACCUUCGAGCGUGGUCUUGGUGGUGGCCUCUCCCAGUCCGUGCGCUACCUUGGCAAGGAUGGCGAUGGUGGUUCCAAGUUUGGUUGCGCUGGCCAGUACCGCGGCCACCAGGGCAUCGCUCUGACCACUGACGGUGGCAAGCUCUGGAAGCCCGUCUUCGCUGACAAGCUCUUCACCGCCGCUCGCUACGCCGCCUUCCCCUCGGACAGCGUCUGGUACAUUGCUGCCGGCGAGUGGCCCGAGAGCGCCUCGGACGACCAGCCCGCCAGCAACGACGACAUGCCCACCCGCUCUCCCCGCCUUCGCCGCUCUGACUUCCAGGAUGCCGAUGGCUACUUCCCCUCCACCUUCUCCUUCCGCGAGACUCGCCGUGUUGAGGCCGACAACGGCUACAAGGCCCAGAUCGUCAAGUCCACUGACGGUGGUAAGACCUGGGUUACCCAGUUUGCCCAGAACGGCACCUUCUACUUCAACGGUAUUGACUGCACCUCCGAGGACCACUGCUGUGCCGUUGGCGAGUCCUCCGAUCCUCCGUUCCUGGGCGCCGGUAUCUGGUGCACUCAGGACGGUACCAACUGGAACCGCACUUUCUACGCUCCCUACCAGUCGGACCCCACCGUUGGCUUCAGCCUUCUCGACAUCCGCUGGGCUUCCGAGACCGUCGGCUGGGCCAUUGGUGGUGAGCUCAACUCGCUUGCCCCCAAGGCUUGGUUCGUCAAGACUACCGACGGUGGCAAGACCUGGGAUCCCCUUUCCCACCAGAUCUUUGGCUACUACGCCAUGGGUCUCGAUGUCGUGAACGAGAAUGUGGCUUACGCCGCCGUUGACAACCUCCUCACCCAGACCUCGGGUGUUGCCAAGUUCACUUCCCAGUAAACUUCCCUUGAUUUCUCCUGCCCUCAAUUCGUGAGGCCUCUUUUCUUUUUUUUUUUUUUUUUCAGUUUUUGAUCAUCGCCCUUGCUAAGACAAGACGGGUACACACAAUCGAAGAUCAAUUAGA